CAUCCAGGGUCUGUGGGCAAACACCGCCCAAAGAAGAGGCAGGAGAGCACAGCUUGGAAAACUCAGGACGUCCAUGUAUAUGUGGGCCUGGCUUCAUCCUGAAGGAUUUUUUUGUGAAAAACCACAGGGAAAAUUCCACCUCAGAAGCAAGAAGCUGGAAAAUGAGGAUUUUCUUGGUUUGGACCCUUUUCCUCAUGAGAUCCACGAGCACAGGUGGCCAGGCAGUGACAGGCCCCAGGCAGGUGACAGCUGAGCAGGGCAGCUCACUGGCAGUGUCCUGCAGCUACAAGCCACGCUACAAGCUCUACUCCAAGUACUGGUGCCGCAAAAACUUGCUCUGGUUUUGCUUGACCUACGCCAUCCAAACCGACGGCUCAGAGGUGACAGUGACACGGGACAGGGUGUCCAUCAGGGACAACCAAACAGCAAAUUCAUUCACAGUGACACUCAGCAGCGUCACACCAGGGGACGAAGGCCAGUACUCCUGUGGGGUGAAGAAGAAAGCGAGGUUCAACCAGUGGCACAGCACCAAGGUGAUGGUCUAUGCAGCUCUUUCAAACACAACUGAGGACAGCGACCUGAGCCCACUGACCACCAACCCUCUGUGCCCCAGGGGCUGUGGGGAGCCUCCAGUGCUGUCCCAGCCCAGUGUCAUCCACUUGCUGCUCCUGCUCAGCAUCAAGGUGCCCUUGGCCCUCGCCGUGGUUGGUGGGGCAGCCUGGCUGAGGAGCCGCUGCAGGAGCCGUGGCCAGGACAUCCUGCAGCUCUUGGAGGCAUCCAGCAGCACCAGGGCACGGGGCUGCCCACCCGUCCCAGCCACCCCCAAGCCCUAGGGAUGCCCUCCUGCCCCCCUGGCCCCCAGCCUGCUGGGGCUGUGCCAGCCCUCAGGGCUGCCCCGUGCUGGGAGGUGCUCAGCUCUGGGUACUUCUGGUUCUGGGAAGCCUCAGCCCCUCCUGGCAGCUGCAGAGGGAAGGGUUUGGGGUGCAGAGAGCCUGUGUCUGCUGAGCUGCA